GAAUUUUAGUUGGGAAACGAACGUGCUCGCAAAUGGUCGAUGAUGUGUAUAUUGCAAAUGGAAUUCUUGUGUGCUCACAGUGGUGUCAACUGUGUCGUAUAAGGAGGAAUUAAUUCCACACUGUGUAUAUACAGUUGAGGUGUAUUUAGUGAAUUUUUGCUUGUGGAUGGUGCUUUUUUGGUGUAGUGAAAGAAAAUAUCCGCGAAAAAGAGCUUUUUACCUACUUUGCAGAGUUAUUUCUUCAUGAUUCAUUGGCCCCGUAUAGAAGAAAUUUUGAUUUUUCAAAGCAAGAAAUUGCUGGGUCGAAAUGGAUUUUUCCACAAAGUGAUUUUUGUACAACAUUCUCAAACAGAAAUAAUAAUUAAACACCCAAUGGUGUGCCCAAAAGUGUUCCGGAGACGCGCAAAAGAAGCGGAAACCAGUUUUGUGUUGUGAUGGUGUCUUGAGGAAGGAAAAAAAAACGAAAGAAAUGGUAUAAAAUAUAUUUGUGCUGACACAAGUGGAAAAAGACAAGUUAAAAAUAUAUAUACAAAAGUCUUGAGCAAAAGUACUUAGAAAUUCGUGAUAAACAUUGUUGAAAGCAAUUAGAAGCACUCUCAGGCAAUUGUGAAAGUAAUUUUUCUGCCAUUGGGGAAGAAGCAGCCACAAAAAAAUCCUUCUCUGUGUGAAAGACAUUGUAAGAUCACGAUUUUGGAGUUUGCUCUGUGUGCUGAAAUUGCGUGACAAAGUUAUAGAAAUUGUAUCUCCCUUUGUGAGAUUUUCCAUCCAAUCCACGGGAUUUGCCGCACUACACCGAAGCUCCAAUUCAACCAGGAAAGAUGUCGUCUACUGGUGGAAAUGUGAUUUUGUCAAUUGCAGUCACGGCAAUUGGACACUGGCAGCAUUGUGAUGGUGGAAAAGAUGGGAUCAUCAACGAAGGAAGUCCCCUGGUCAGGUGCUCCGCCAAAGAGUGGUAGACGGUGGACUGAGAGUGAGCCCCUAUUGCCAUUUUUGCAGCGAAUCAACCUCUUUGGGCAUUUUAGCAUUGGCUCACGCAGGAGUUCCAUUUACCCGGUGGACGUUGUUGAGAAGAGGAAUAAGAGUGUGGGCUCGCUGGUGAAGGGAACAGGUGAGAAUAGGAGUGUUCAGAGUCUCCGACAAUUUUGGAAUAGUCAAAUUUUGUCACGGAGGCUCCACAGUGACGAAGAUCUUCGGCAGGCGGGUGAGCUGUGCAAGAGCUCAACGUACCGUCCUGUGGAUAAUUUCAAUAAGUACAAGACAGCUUCAUCGGUGCAGCCGCAGAAGCGUCAAACAACUGAUUCGGCAUUCCUGGCUAGGCCAUCAAUUGCCUUCGCCACGGAGUGCAGGGAACGCACGUCGUGUGGGAAGUUCAUGCAGAGUCCGGGAGCUGGGGCGAAAAUCCAUUGGGCACGUCGGGAGGAUAUCUUCGAGGCGAGGCGCGUUAAUGUAAUCACACCAAAGGCAUCCAAUACCACCACAGUCAUGAUUGGUGGAUGCGAAAUGGGUAGCAGUGCAGCUGAGAGUUGUGAGAGCGAUUGUGGGAAGACUUUCGCGAAUGUGGACGGCGAUAAGGGCAACAAUGCCGCCGUGGAUGAUAAGAAAGAUAAGACGGAGUGUCGCAGCAAUAACAGCCUUAGUGGAUCCAGUGCGUCGCUAGCGACUACAGUUGAAUCAAGUCCACGACGGGGGGCAUGUCGGAAGGUCAGCUUCAAGACACACAGCGGGCAGAGUCCGCACAUACGGAAGAUGGCCAAUGGGACGAGUAAAGUGGCCGCCCUUACGCACAGAUUCAAUCAGCUCAUACAGCAAGAUACGGGGAUUUUGGAGGAAGUUAAGAAGAAGGGUGUUGUUGUGCAUCGUGUUGCGGGGCAUGUGUACAAAAUAAGGGAGGAAUCCCUCCUCCCGCGCAAGGGGAGUCUCAGGCAGCAAGGGGAGGCAACGAGUGAGGAGCGGAGCCCGAGGAAGGUGGCAACACGACGGAAAUCAAGUGUCUCCCGGAAGGGUAGUACAUCCGGUGGACGUGGCGGUGGUCGUAUUGAGGCAACACCAAGUGGUAGUGUGAGGGCUACGAUAAAAUUCUUCGAGACGCCAUCGACGCAAGUGCAAUUGGAUGAUGUGAAGAAGAGUGCCAAACCGAAGGUGCCGGAUAAAAGUGAGCAGGUACUUUUGAGGACACGCGAGAUACAGCGGAAGCGCCUGAAGCUUUCGCUGCCGGGCAAUGUGAGUGAUGUGAUUGAGGGGGUAAAGGACACGUGUGCAGUGGUGCGAAAAAUUGAUGCACUCGCGGAGAUUGAAGAGGUGUCUGAGGAGAAAUCUGUCGCGAAUAGUGUGGAAGACACACAAAAUUUAUCGGUGGGAGACAGUAAAAGUGAAAAUGCCCAUAAAAGUGCUGCUGAUGUACCUGAAAUGUUGGUGGAUGCGACGACGUGCAUUGCACCACCUGUUGAAUGUCCCACAGAGACACCUGUGGCUGCCACAUUGCCGAAGAGUAAGGAGAAAUCGGUGUAUGGGCGCAUCUAUGAGAAGAUCAAGUUCAAAUCGUCUUUUCUCUAUGCCAAGAAGCACCGUGAUGUACUGUCAACGAGUCACGGGAAUUUAAUACUAAAUACCAACUUGAAGAAUCCUGACCAAAAAAUCGUCGAUGCUCUUUGUAGUGUCAAUGAGAAGAUUGAGCAUUUGUCCAAGAGUACAAUUGAUUUGCCAACAUUCACCCAACCAGUGGAGGACACCUCGACGGAUUUGCCGGAAAUAAAGCCAAAUGAAUCAUUUCUCUUUCGUACAGCAUCCAAAAAUAGUUUUGGGGACUUUGCAGGGGAGCCCCUGGGCGAUGGGGAGUCCGUUGAGGCGAUAAAUCAUCCCGUGAUCAAUCGAACACAAUCAAUGGAUGAGUCAAUUUUUCCCCAAGACAUACCAAAUCAUUCCACACCGUAUGAGGAGCGUCACUACCGAGAUAUCAUUGAGGAGACAGAUGAGCUUGUGCGGAAGUUGAGUAAAAGCUACGAGGAGUGUGAUAAAACGGAGGAUGACUAUGAGAUUAUAAAUCCACCCCCUGAACAUCCAAAGGAGGCACUCUAUCAGACCCUGGCUGAGGUUCGCUCAGGCAGUGGGAGUGUCAAUAGUUACGAAUCAUUCGACAACUACGAGGCCAUUGAUGAGCUACGUAAGGAGGUGCAAGCCAUGGAUGCGGGCUAUGAGGUGUGCAAACCCCCUGAGCCGCCACCACCACGAAAACCCGAUGAGAGCAUUAAAAUUUCCCCCAAAGAACCACCUGUUCCCAUGCGCAAUGCCUUCCACGGGACAAUGGAGAAUAUCUAUGAUACCAUCAGGAAUGGCGACAGCACCCCGUCAACCCUCAAUGGGGGCUACGAGAGACUUGCGGGCGCAUCAAAUUGCUACGAAAGCAUCAACAGGCACGACUUUUUGCGCCUCAAUCAUCUACAUUUGCUGCGGCAUGCGGAUUCCGUGUCAACACUGUCUUCGGAUCAUAAGACCAACAGCUUGUACGGCACCUCCCUCAAUGGGAACGCACUGCGACAGCCACCCAGUGAGGGCAGUAGCGAGAAUAGCGAUGAGUGGAUUGAUAUUUCAGACACUGAGGAGGUCACCAAGCACAACUUCAUCGUGAUCCGCGAACGUACAAAAUGUCACCGAAGUCCUGACUGGAGUCGAAAGGUUCGGGAUCAUCGGACACAGCAACAAGAAGAUAACUACGAUGACGAUUCUGACCAUCACUACGAAUCUCUCUAUUCGACGAAAAUGAAUGAGCUUCAAACAAAAUUGCCCAAUCAUACAAAUGGCAAUACCCAGGCAAUUAUAAGCAACGGCAUGGAGAAAGAUCUGCCAGACGAUGACUUCGACUCAUUCGACAGUGAACCAGAUUCAGACGAUGAUAUUAAGAAGAAUGACAGUGGGGUGGAUGUGAGUAAUACGAAACUUCCGGAACCACCAACAUCGUCCAAUCAGGUUUAUGCUUUAAUGCAAAAAUUCAAAAAUUUAAGCUCCCUCUCGGAAAUUUCAAAGUCACUGAGUCGUUUUACGAAGAAAAAAUCCAAGAGGAGCGGAGAGGGGGGUGCAACUGUUGGGCAAAAGUAUGAAAAUACAAAAUUCUACGAUGCCCCUGAGUAUCAGAAUGUUCCCUUUGACGGCACUGUACGCAAGUCCAAAUCACCAAAGUCCAAGAAGAGGAAUUCCGUGUUCUCACACAAGUCAGACGAUGCGUACGAGAAUACGGAAUUCCAUGCACCAUGCCCAGCUACAUUUGAUCACAGUCUCCAGCAAUCUAGUCGCGAUGAAGCAUGCGGGGAGGUGGGUGCUGACGAGGCGCCCAUUAAGGUGCCGCGGAAGAAAUCAAAGAGUGGGAAGAGUUUCAAGUCGAAAUUGCGACGAAGUCUCGUGUCGUCGGAGUCAACACUCAACAUUGGGAGCUCCUUCAAUGGGACACGAAGUACAUUCUACAUUUCCGACUCAGUGGACAUGGAUUCGGGCAUUUUCACAGGAAGUGAUCGAACCCUACGCACGGAUGAUGCCACAAAGUCUCCCACGCCAGGAGAUGACGUUGCUAAAGAGAAUCGCAGGAAGAGUACACCCUGUGGACGUCCAUUGAAUCCCCCACCACCACCACCGGCAUCCUCGGCAGAGAAAAGGAAGAAUCUCGGCUCCACAACAUCGUGGUAUGCAGAGUGUGGAGUCUUCAAGUCAGACACAUUGAAGCGCGAAUUGAAGAAUCAGGAUAAGAAAAGUAGUCGCAGCACAACAUCCUGGUACGCCGAAGCUGGACUCUAUCAGACCACAAGUGGAGACUCCGUGGCCAGCUCCAGUGGUAGUUCAGGGGUAUCAACGGGCGGUGAAUGCGGCGGUGGGGAUGAUAAUUCCCACAGCAUGUUCCUCAAUGAGCCACUCUACCAAAUCUACUCAGCCGCCAAGUUGGAGUCCAUUUCGCGGGAUAUUGAGCUGGGUGAGCAGGAUCAGAGUGAUGGGUACGAGGAGAUUGGCAAGAAGGAGGAUGAAAUGGAGAUGGAGGAGAAGAAGCCAUUGCGACCGACGGCACUGCAGCUUGUUGGCCCCAAGCAGGGACCCUCGAGGACGCUCUGGAGCGAAAUUCCUGAAGUUAUCAACUCAGAAAUUCUCGCAACACUUACAUCGACGGAAAAGCGUCUGCAGGAGGCAAAAUUCGAGAUUCUAACAUCAGAAGCAUCCUACCUGAAAUCCCUGAAUCUUCUCAAAUCUCAUUUUAUGAAUGAUCCAUCAUUUAAGGACACCACAACGUUGAGUAGUGCCGACCGAAAGACCCUCUUCUCCUACACAAUCCCCGUGCAGGAGUGCUCUGAUCGCUUGCUGUGCGAUCUGGAGAAUUGCUGGCAGGACAAUAUAAUGCUCUUGGGGUUGAGUCAUAGUGUCUACAAGCACGCGGAGAAGUAUUUUCACGUCUACGUGCAGUACUGUGAGCAUCAGGUGCGCCUCGAUAGGACACUGAGGCGUCUCAAGGAGACCAAUAGGAACUUCACGCACGCCCUGGAGGUUCUCGAAGCGGAUCCCAUUUGCUGUGGCCUGAGUUUGCAUUCAUUCCUCAUGCUACCCAUGCAGCGGAUAACGCGGCUACCGCUGCUCAUUGAUGCGGUGCUGAGUAAGCUGAAGCAGGAUGAUGAUGAGUACGACAGCUGGAAGAUGACACUGGCUAUUCUCAAUAAGAUUGUGGCUCAGUGCAAUGAGGCGGCUAAUCGUUCGGAGCAAGCAUACGAGAUGCAGUACAUUUCGCGCCAAAUUGAAUUCCCCACCAGUAUUAGUCCCUUCUCAAUUGUCCCCGUUGGCAUCCCAGCCCCCAAUGGCUUGUCACGUACCCUGGUGCGACGUGGGGAACUCACGCAUCUCAUCUGGCGCGGGGAUGAUGGGAAACUCACGUUCGGAAAGAAAUUCAGCAAAUCCAACAUUUACGUCUUCCUCUUCACUGAUCUCCUUGUUCUCACCAAAAAGAAAAGCGAUGAGAACUUCUUGGUCUUUGACUACUGUCCAAGAUCAAUGCUCACAGUGUCAUCGGGAGAUGUUAUCCCGCAGCUACCAACAAAAGACGUUGCCCUUGCGGGGAAGCACCUCAUUCUCAUGACACUGCUGGAGAACCACGAAGGGAAGACUAUUGAACUGAUUUUGUCGUGUCAGUCUGAGACAGAUCGUCAACGGUGGCUUCAGGCAACAGAGCCCCCCUUGUCGGAUAACCCGGAUGAGACUCUGUACGAACAAUGGGACUGCCCGCAGGUGAUUGUACGGCAUGAGUAUCAAGCAACGCAGCCGGAUGAGUUGUCCCUGGACCCUGGAGAUAUUGUUAAUGUCACGAGAAAAAUGGCAGAUGGUGAGUUUUUACAAAGCUGGUACCAUGGCGAAAGGAUACGAGAUGGAUCUCAGGGAUGGUUUCCGGGGAACUACACCGAAGAAGUUGCCUCACCCCAUGUUCGAGCUCGCAAUCUCAAACAGCGCUACCGUCUCCUCACAUUCACUGCCACAUAUUUGGAGGCACAGAAAAAGAAAUAAAACGCCAUCCACAACCUUUACCCCAGCCUCCGCCCCCCUCCCCCGUCCUAAUAACAACUGAGAGACCAAUUUAGUAAAAAAAAAUGAAAAGAUAUGUGAUAAGACUUUUUUGAUAAUGAAGGAAAGAAUGGAAAAUCUUUGAAUCUUCUAAUCAUUCAACGUUGUUUGUGUUGUGUAUUUUUUUUUAAAAGAGAGAAAAAAGAAUAUUAUAUAAAAGUAGAAGAAUGGAAAUAUAUUUAAUUUGUGUAAAUAAAAAACAUAUACAUAUUA